CGUUCCCCGCCCCGGCCCGGUCGCCUGCAGCCCCUCUGCAGACUAGCUCGCCCCAGGCCCCCGUCGGGCGCUGGAGGAGCCCGCGAGGCGGCGCCGGGCUUCAGCGGCUGCAGCCUGCCCUGCGGGGCAAGUGCCGGCUGCAGCAGCCCCGCACGGGCGGUGGUUGGAGCUCAGAUCCUGGAGAUGCGACCCCAGCUCCUCGCCCUCUGCAACCCGCGGGGCGCCCGCCUCUCCUCACCGGGCGCCCGGCCGCGGUAUUGAUGUUCGUCUAGGAGCCAACUGAGGCUGCAGCCGCCAGAUGGACGCUUGGAGGGCUCCCGGGUGUGAGUGUGACUGUAUGACUACUCUCACCCCCAGCUUCGGGAAAUGUGCUCUGGGUUGAAAUGUGAUCACCGAGCUCCUUAGUCAUUUUAAUUGCCAUUUUUAAAUGCGGUCGUUACAUUGGAGGAGCAGACAGGAAGGUAGUGGGGCGGCGUGUGUGUGUGUGUGUGUGUGUGUACACACACACGCAACCGAGGAAUACACAACCAACUACUUGGGUGAAGGGCGGGGGGUUCACCUAGUGAGUCCUUCUUGGCGGGGGGGUCGGGCGAGUUAGCUGCCCGCUGCCCGCCCCUUCUCUGCCUGCCCCCGCCUAGGCGAGGUUGGAAAGUACUGGAAAUUCAGCUGCGUGGUCCUUAAGUUUGGAAAUUGGCUCCGCUUUCAGGGCAAAAUGUUAAGGCGAUUUAUGCACCCGCGUCCAUGUGGAUGAGUGUAUUACUGCUCAGUUGGGUGCAGAGCCCUCAACAGUACCGCGCCAAGCCCCCACCCGAUCUCUAACUCCCUCCCACCCCCUAACCGUGGAGAGAGGGUUUAUAGAAAUGCAGUUAUCCGUAAACCAUCGACGCAGUGAAAGGGGCGCAGGGAGGCAGCCAGAGUUUUGCCGGAACCUGCAUACUGGCUUGGUGUUUGUAGCACACGAGAUCACCCCGCUGCUUUGUAGAAGGCGGUGGUAGGGCAAGCUCGGGAUUCCGAUCGCCGGGGUGGGGGGAAGAGGGUGCCCAUGUACUGAGCUCUGAGGCCGUGUGAGGAGAGAGAUCUGCUGAGAGAUUCCGCUGAGCGGCAUCGCGGGCAAUUACAUAAGCUGCCUCGGUGAUUACCCGGAACUGUGAUGCGAGCUCCCGGUUCUGGAAAGACAAGCCUGAAAGUUUGCCUGCUUGGGGAUUAUGGAAAAACUGAGAAUCAGAGAGGGCUAGUGAUCUCUCAGACACUUGGUCAGUAGAAAAGAUCCCGCACCAUCCUCCAGGAUCCAAUGGCCUUGGAGAGAGGGCUGCAGGGCCCACGGACAUUGCUGACUCUUCAGAACGUGCUGACAUGGAGCCAGACCACUCGGCCCUGAGUGCGGCGAGGACCCUGUUUGUGGAUGUGGAGGAGCGCGGGCCGGAGGCCAUGGACGUGAAGGAGAGGAAGCCUUACCGCUCGCUGACCCGGCGCCGCGACGCCGAGCGCCGCUACACCAGCUCGUCCGCGGACAGCGAGGAGGGCAAAGCCCCGCAGAAAUCGUACAGCUCCAGCGAGACCCUGAAGGCAUACGACCAGGACGCCCGCCUAGCCUAUGGCAGCCGCGUCAAGGACAUCGUGCCGCAGGAGGCCGAGGAAUUCUGCCGCACAGGUGCCAACUUCACCCUGCGGGAGCUGGGGCUGGAAGAAGUAACGCCCCCUCACGGGACCCUGUACCGGACAGACAUUGGCCUCCCCCACUGCGGCUACUCCAUGGGGGCUGGCUCUGAUGCCGACAUGGAGGCUGACACAGUGCUGUCCCCUGAGCACCCCGUGCGUCUGUGGGGCCGGAGCACACGGUCAGGGCGCAGCUCCUGCCUGUCCAGCCGGGCCAAUUCCAAUCUCACACUCACCGACACCGAGCACGAAAACACUGAGACUGGUGCUCCCUUGCAUUGUUCAUCCGCUUCAUCAACCCCUAUUGAGCAGUCCCCCUCCCCGCCCCCCUCCCCUCCGGCCAAUGAGAGCCAGAGGCGGUUGCUAGGCAACGGUGUGGCCCAGCCAACCCCGGACUCAGACUCUGAGGAAGAGUUUGUCCCUAAUUCAUUCUUAGUUAAAAGUGGCUCCGCCAGCCUGGGGGUCGCGGCGAACGAUCACCCGGGCGGCCUGCAGAACCACGCGCGGCUCCGGACGCCGCCGCCGCCGCUCUCGCACGCUCACACCCCCAACCAGCACCACGCGGCCUCCAUUAACUCCCUGAACCGGGGCAACUUCACGCCGAGGAGCAACCCCAGCCCGGCCCCCACGGACCACUCGCUCUCCGGAGAGCCCCCUGCCGGCGGCGCCCAGGAGCCUGCCCACGCCCAGGACAACUGGCUGCUCAACAGCAACAUCCCCCUGGAGACCAGAAACCUAGGCAAGCAGCCAUUCCUAGGGACAUUGCAGGACAACCUCAUUGAGAUGGACAUUCUCGGCGCCUCCCGCCAUGAUGGGGCUUACAGUGACGGGCACUUCCUCUUCAAGCCUGGAGGCACCUCCCCGCUCUUCUGCACCACAUCACCAGGGUACCCACUGACGUCCAGCACAGUGUACUCUCCUCCGCCCCGACCCCUGCCCCGCAGCACCUUCGCCCGGCCGGCUUUUAACCUCAAGAAGCCCUCCAAGUACUGUAACUGGAAGUGCGCAGCCCUGAGCGCCAUCGUCAUCUCAGCCACUCUGGUCAUCCUGCUGGCAUACUUUGUGGCCAUGCACCUGUUUGGCCUAAACUGGCACCUGCAGCCGAUGGAGGGGCAGAUGUAUGAGAUCACGGAGGACACAGCCAGCAGUUGGCCUGUGCCAACCGACGUCUCCCUAUACCCCUCAGGGGGCACUGGCUUAGAGACCCCUGACAGGAAAGGCAAAGGAACCACAGAAGGAAAGCCCAGUAGUUUCUUUCCAGAGGACAGUUUCAUAGAUUCUGGAGAAAUUGAUGUGGGAAGGCGAGCUUCCCAGAAGAUUCCUCCUGGCACUUUCUGGAGAUCCCAAGUGUUCAUAGACCAUCCUGUGCAUCUGAAAUUCAAUGUGUCUCUGGGAAAGGCAGCCCUGGUUGGCAUUUAUGGCAGAAAAGGCCUCCCUCCUUCACAUACACAGUUUGACUUUGUGGAGUUGCUGGAUGGCAGGAGGCUCCUAACCCAGGAGGCGCGGAGCCUAGAGGGGACCCCGCGCCAGUCUCGGGGAACUGUGCCCCCCUCCAGCCAUGAGACAGGCUUCAUCCAGUAUUUGGAUUCAGGAAUCUGGCACUUGGCUUUUUACAAUGACGGAAAGGAGUCAGAAGUGGUUUCCUUUCUCACCACUGCCAUUGAGUCGGUGGAUAACUGCCCCAGCAACUGCUAUGGCAAUGGUGACUGCAUCUCUGGGACCUGCCACUGCUUCCUGGGUUUCCUGGGCCCCGACUGUGGCAGAGCCUCCUGCCCCAUGCUCUGUAGCGGAAAUGGCCAAUACAUGAAGGGCAGAUGCUUGUGCCACAGUGGCUGGAAAGGCGCUGAGUGCGAUGUGCCCACCAACCAGUGUAUCGAUGUGGCCUGCAGCAACCAUGGCACCUGCAUCACAGGCACCUGCAUCUGCAACCCUGGCUACAAGGGCGAGAGCUGUGAGGAAGUGGACUGCAUGGACCCCACAUGUUCAGGCCGGGGUGUCUGCGUGAGAGGCGAAUGCCACUGCUCUGUGGGAUGGGGAGGCACCAACUGCGAGACCCCCAGGGCCACAUGCUUAGACCAGUGUUCAGGCCACGGAACCUUCCUCCCGGACACCGGGCUUUGCAGCUGUGACCCAAGCUGGACUGGACACGACUGUUCUAUCGAGAUCUGUGCUGCUGACUGUGGUGGCCACGGCGUGUGCGUAGGGGGCACCUGCCGCUGCGAGGAUGGCUGGAUGGGGGCAGCCUGCGACCAGCGGUCCUGCCACCCGCGCUGUGCCGAGCAUGGGACCUGCCGCGACGGCAAGUGCGAGUGCAGCCCUGGCUGGAAUGGCGAACACUGCACCAUCGCUCACUAUCUGGAUAGGGUAGUUAAAGAGGGUUGCCCUGGGUUGUGCAAUGGCAACGGCAGAUGUACCUUAGACCUGAAUGGUUGGCACUGCGUCUGCCAGCUGGGCUGGAGAGGAGCUGGCUGUGACACUUCCAUGGAGACUGCCUGCGGUGACAGCAAAGACAAUGAUGGAGAUGGCCUGGUGGACUGCAUGGACCCUGACUGCUGCCUCCAGCCCCUGUGCCAUAUCAACCUGCUGUGCCUUGGCUCCCCUAACCCUCUGGACAUCAUCCAGGAGACACAGGUCCCUGUGUCACAGCAGAACCUCCACUCCUUCUAUGACCGCAUCAAGUUCCUCGUGGGCAGGGACAGCACGCACAUAAUCCCCGGGGAGAACCCCUUUGAUGGAGGGCAUGCUUGUGUUAUUCGUGGCCAAGUGAUGACAUCGGAUGGAACCCCCCUGGUUGGUGUGAACAUCAGUUUUGUCAAUAACCCUCUCUUUGGAUAUACAAUCAGCAGGCAAGAUGGCAGCUUUGACUUGGUGACAAAUGGCGGCAUCUCCAUCAUCCUGCGGUUUGAGCGGGCACCUUUCAUCACACAGGAGCACACCCUCUGGCUGCCAUGGGAUCGCUUCUUUGUCAUGGAAACCAUCAUCAUGAGACAUGAGGAGAAUGAGAUUCCCAGCUGUGACCUGAGCAAUUUUGCCCGCCCCAACCCAGUCGUCUCUCCAUCCCCACUGACGUCCUUCGCCAGCUCCUGUGCAGAGAAAGGCCCCAUUGUGCCAGAAAUUCAGGCUUUGCAGGAGGAAAUCUCUAUCUCUGGCUGCAAGAUGAGGCUGAGCUACCUGAGCAGCCGGACCCCUGGCUACAAAUCUGUCCUGAGGAUCAGCCUCACCCACCCGACCAUCCCCUUCAACCUCAUGAAGGUGCACCUCAUGGUAGCGGUGGAGGGCCGCCUCUUCAGGAAGUGGUUCGCUGCAGCCCCAGACCUGUCCUAUUAUUUCAUUUGGGACAAGACAGACGUCUACAACCAGAAGGUGUUUGGGCUUUCAGAAGCCUUUGUUUCUGUGGGUUAUGAAUAUGAAUCCUGCCCAGAUCUAAUCCUGUGGGAAAAAAGAACAGCAGUGCUGCAGGGCUAUGAAAUUGAUGCGUCCAAGCUUGGAGGAUGGAGCCUAGACAAACAUCAUGCCCUCAACAUUCAAAGUGGCAUCCUGCACAAAGGGAAUGGGGAGAACCAGUUUGUGUCUCAGCAGCCUCCUGUCAUUGGGAGCAUCAUGGGCAAUGGGCGCCGGAGAAGCAUCUCCUGCCCCAGCUGCAACGGCCUUGCUGAUGGCAACAAGCUCCUGGCCCCAGUGGCCCUCACCUGUGGCUCCGACGGGAGCCUCUAUGUGGGUGAUUUCAACUACAUUAGAAGGAUCUUCCCCUCUGGAAAUGUCACCAACAUCCUAGAGCUGAGAAAUAAAGAUUUCAGACAUAGUCACAGUCCAGCACACAAAUACUACCUGACCACAGACCCCAUGAGUGGGGCCGUCUUCCUUUCCGACAGCAGCAGCCGGCGGGUCUUUAAAAUCAAGUCCACUGUGGUGGUGAAGGACCUUGUCAAGAACUCUGAGGUGGUUGCGGGGACAGGUGACCAGUGCCUCCCCUUUGAUGACACUCGCUGCGGGGAUGGUGGGAAGGCCACAGAAGCCACACUCACCAAUCCCAGGGGCAUUACAGUGGACAAGUUUGGGCUGAUCUAUUUCGUGGAUGGCACCAUGAUCAGACGCAUCGAUCAGAAUGGGAUCAUCUCCACCCUGCUCGGCUCUAAUGAUCUCACAUCAGCCCGGCCACUCAGCUGUGAUUCUGUCAUGGAUAUUUCCCAGGUUCACCUGGAGUGGCCCACAGACUUAGCCAUCAACCCAAUGGACAACUCACUUUAUGUCCUCGACAACAAUGUGGUCCUGCAAAUCUCUGAAAACCACCAGGUGCGCAUUGUCGCCGGGAGGCCCAUGCACUGCCAGGUCCCUGGCAUUGACCACUUCCUGCUAAGCAAGGUGGCCAUCCACGCAACCCUGGAGUCAGCCACCGCUUUGGCUGUUUCACACAAUGGGGUCCUGUAUAUUGCUGAGACUGAUGAGAAAAAGAUCAACCGCAUCAGGCAGGUCACCACUAGUGGAGAGAUCUCACUCGUUGCUGGGGCCCCCAGUGGCUGUGACUGUAAAAAUGAUGCCAACUGUGAUUGUUUUUCUGGAGACGAUGGUUAUGCCAAGGAUGCAAAGUUAAAUACCCCAUCUUCCUUGGCUGUGUGUGCUGAUGGGGAGCUCUACGUGGCCGACCUUGGGAACAUCCGAAUUCGGUUUAUCCGGAAGAACAAGCCUUUCCUCAACACCCAGAAUAUGUAUGAGCUGUCUUCACCAAUUGACCAGGAGCUCUAUCUGUUUGAUACCACUGGCAAGCACCUGUACACCCAAAGCCUGCCCACAGGAGACUACCUGUACAACUUCACCUACACUGGGGACGGUGACAUCACACUCAUCACAGACAACAAUGGCAACAUGGUAAAUGUCCGCCGAGACUCUACUGGGAUGCCCCUCUGGCUGGUGGUCCCAGAUGGCCAGGUGUACUGGGUGACCAUGGGCACCAACAGUGCACUCAAGAGUGUGACCACACAAGGACACGAGUUGGCCAUGAUGACAUACCAUGGCAAUUCUGGCCUUCUGGCAACCAAAAGCAAUGAAAACGGAUGGACAACAUUUUAUGAGUACGACAGCUUUGGCCGCCUGACAAAUGUGACCUUCCCUACUGGCCAGGUGAGCAGUUUCCGAAGUGAUACAGACAGUUCAGUGCAUGUCCAGGUAGAGACCUCCAGCAAGGAUGAUGUCACCAUAACCACCAACCUGUCUGCCUCAGGUGCCUUCUACACACUGCUGCAAGACCAAGUCCGGAACAGCUACUACAUCGGGGCCGAUGGCUCCUUGCGGCUGCUGCUGGCCAACGGCAUGGAGGUGGCGCUGCAGACUGAGCCCCACUUGCUGGCUGGCACGGUCAACCCCACCGUGGGCAAGAGGAAUGUCACGCUGCCCAUCGACAACGGCCUCAACCUGGUGGAGUGGCGCCAGCGCAAAGAGCAGGCUCGGGGCCAGGUCACUGUCUUCGGGCGCCGGCUGCGGGUUCACAACCGAAAUCUCCUAUCUCUGGACUUUGACCGCGUAACACGCACAGAGAAGAUCUAUGAUGACCACCGCAAGUUCACCCUUCGGAUUCUGUACGACCAGGCGGGGCGGCCCAGCCUCUGGUCACCCAGCAGCAGGCUGAAUGGUGUCAACGUGACAUACUCCACUGGGGGUCACAUUGCUGGCAUCCAGAGGGGCAUCAUGUCUGAAAGAAUGGAAUACGACCAGGCGGGCCGCAUCACAUCCAGGAUCUUCGCUGAUGGGAAGACAUGGAGCUACACAUACUUAGAGAAGUCCAUGGUGCUGCUACUACACAGCCAGAGGCAGUAUAUCUUUGAGUUCGACAAGAAUGACCGCCUCUCUUCUGUGACGAUGCCCAACGUGGCGCGGCAGACACUAGAGACCAUCCGCUCAGUGGGCUACUACAGAAACAUCUAUCAGCCCCCUGAGGGCAAUGCCUCAGUCAUACAGGACUUCACUGAGGAUGGGCACCUCCUCCACACCUUCUACCUGGGCACUGGCCGCAGGGUGAUAUACAAGUAUGGCAAACUGUCAAAGCUGGCAGAGACGCUCUAUGACACCACCAAGGUCAGUUUCACCUAUGACGAGACGGCAGGCAUGCUGAAGACCAUCAACCUACAGAAUGAGGGCUUCACCUGCACCAUCCGCUACCGUCAGAUUGGGCCCCUGAUUGACCGACAGAUCUUCCGCUUCACCGAGGAAGGCAUGGUCAACGCCCGUUUUGACUACAACUAUGACAACAGCUUCCGGGUGACCAGCAUGCAGGCUGUGAUCAACGAGACCCCACUGCCCAUUGAUCUCUAUCGCUAUGAUGAUGUGUCAGGCAAGACAGAGCAGUUUGGGAAGUUUGGUGUCAUUUACUAUGACAUUAACCAGAUCAUCACCACAGCUGUCAUGACCCACACCAAGCAUUUUGAUGCAUAUGGCAGGAUGAAGGAAGUGCAGUAUGAGAUCUUCCGCUCACUCAUGUACUGGAUGACCGUCCAGUAUGAUAACAUGGGGCGAGUAGUGAAGAAAGAGCUGAAGGUAGGACCCUACGCCAAUACCACUCGCUACUCCUAUGAGUAUGAUGCUGACGGCCAGCUGCAGACAGUCUCCAUCAAUGACAAGCCACUCUGGCGCUACAGCUAUGACCUCAAUGGGAACCUGCACUUACUGAGCCCUGGGAACAGUGCACGGCUCACACCACUACGGUAUGACAUCCGCGACCGCAUCACUCGGCUGGGUGACGUGCAAUACAAGAUGGAUGAGGAUGGCUUCCUGAGGCAGCGGGGCGGUGAUAUCUUUGAGUACAACUCAGCUGGCCUACUCAUCAAGGCCUACAACCGGGCUGGCAGCUGGAGUGUCAGGUACCGCUACGAUGGCCUGGGGCGGCGGGUGUCCAGCAAGAGCAGCCACAGCCACCACCUGCAGUUCUUCUAUGCAGACCUGACCAACCCCACCAAGGUCACCCACCUGUACAACCACUCCAGCUCUGAGAUCACCUCCCUCUACUACGACUUGCAAGGACACCUCUUUGCCAUGGAGCUGAGCAGUGGUGACGAGUUUUACAUAGCUUGUGACAACAUCGGGACCCCUCUUGCUGUCUUUAGUGGAACAGGUUUGAUGAUCAAGCAAAUCCUGUACACAGCCUAUGGGGAGAUCUACAUGGAUACCAACCCCAACUUUCAGAUCAUCAUAGGCUACCAUGGUGGCCUCUAUGAUCCACUCACCAAGCUUGUCCACAUGGGCCGGCGAGAUUAUGAUGUGCUGGCCGGACGCUGGACUAGCCCAGACCACGAGCUGUGGAAGCACCUUAGUAGCAGCAACGUCAUGCCUUUUAAUCUCUAUAUGUUCAAAAACAACAACCCCAUCAGCAACUCCCAGGACAUCAAGUGCUUCAUGACAGAUGUUAACAGCUGGCUGCUCACCUUUGGAUUCCAGCUACACAACGUGAUCCCUGGUUAUCCCAAACCAGACAUGGAUGCCAUGGAACCCUCCUACGAGCUCAUCCACACACAGAUGAAAACGCAGGAGUGGGACAACAGCAAGUCUAUCCUCGGGGUACAGUGUGAAGUACAGAAGCAGCUCAAGGCCUUUGUCACCUUAGAACGGUUUGACCAGCUCUAUGGCUCCACAAUCACCAGCUGCCAGCAGGCUCCAAAGACCAAGAAGUUUGCAUCCAGCGGCUCAGUCUUUGGCAAGGGGGUCAAGUUUGCCUUGAAGGAUGGCCGAGUGACCACAGACAUCAUCAGUGUGGCCAAUGAGGAUGGGCGAAGGGUUGCUGCCAUCUUGAACAACGCCCACUACCUAGAGAACCUGCACUUCACCAUUGAUGGAGUGGAUACCCAUUACUUUGUGAAGCCAGGACCUUCAGAAGGUGACCUGGCCAUCCUGGGCCUCAGUGGGGGGCGGCGAACCCUGGAGAAUGGGGUCAACGUCACUGUGUCCCAGAUCAACACAGUGCUUAAUGGCAGGACUAGACGCUACACAGACAUCCAGCUCCAGUACGGGGCACUGUGCUUGAACACACGCUACGGGACAACAUUGGAUGAGGAGAAGGCACGGGUUCUGGAGCUGGCCCGGCAGAGAGCCGUGCGCCAAGCAUGGGCCCGCGAGCAGCAGAGACUGCGGGAAGGGGAGGAAGGCCUGCGGGCCUGGACAGAGGGGGAGAAGCAGCAGAUGCUGAGCACAGGGCGGGUGCAAGGCUACGACGGCUUUUUCGUGAUCUCUGUGGAGCAGUACCCAGAACUGUCAGACAGCGCCAACAACAUCCACUUCAUGAGACAGAGCGAGAUGGGCCGGAGGUGACAGAGAGGACCAAGGCCUGGACUUCUUGCCAAAGACAGCUACUCUUUUGUGGCCGCAUACCUGACUGUGUUGUACUUUAAAAAAAAUGAUUUUUUAACAAGUGCAGAAACAAAAAGAUACUGGUUGCAUUGUAACUCAUGCAACAUCCUUUUUUUUAGAAAAGAAAAACACAGAUUUGGCCUUCGCACAUUUUUUGCAAAGAACAGAAGGUAUUUUUUUCUGUAGUGUGAUCACAAUGAAAACUUUAUUGUCUUUUGUUCCCUUUUUCCUUGAGGAUUUUUCCCUUGUCGUUUGGGGUGUGUAUCUCUUCUCUGAGAUGCAUCUCCUGGGGUGUGUCCUCGUCUGUCCCUAGGUACCCAGUGUGAUGUGGGACAUGAAUGUCUGUGCUAACUUGUCUCAUGUGCAACCCUUUCUUCUUCGAUUGGGGUCGGGCAGGAGUAAACGGAGUGAUGGGCCAGUACAACACCCCUUCCAAGGGGGCCUGGGAGGAGGGUCUGUAGGACCUGAGGCUCCUUGGCAGGGCUCCUGCAGAAGAGUGGUGGAUUUCUUCUCACCUUGUUCUCUGCCUCCAGAGGAUCACAGAUGGCUUCAUCUUGCUCCAGGGAAUUUCAUGGUGUUGUUCAGCACCUUUUUUAAGCUGCCCCAAACUCCUGUUCAAGCUUUCUAUUUUGAUGCUAAAUGAAACCCCCUACCACUUUUGCAAAUCCUGUGUAGUUGUCGGUGCCACCCCCAUGCUGGGAUAGAGAAAGUGUCUCCCAGGUCCUUUCCCCCAGACCAGUGACAUAACAUCCUGGGCUCAGAGUCCCAUCCUCCCGGGAGGGAAAGCACCCAGGAUGCCUGUGAUUGGUUGGUCCUCCAUGAUGUUCCUGUUCAUCUCCUCCUUUCUCCCAAAGCCAGAUGUGAGAACGAGCACUGCACAGCAAGCCUUCAAUGUGGGCACCAUGUCCACAGAACGGAAGGCCACCCAUGGCAAAGGGAUGGCAGUGGUGGCGAGGGCACCAGCCUGCCUUCCGAGGCAAAGCCCUCUCUCUAUGACUUUGAGUAUCUUCCCUCCACCGCUCAGCCGCCACCACUGAGACGUAGGAAUGUGGAGGGAGGUGCUUGGUGGCCUUUGAUUCUGGAAAAAUGCUUAACAAAAAAAGCCAGCCAAAGAGAGGAAGGCAUAAGCUAAGCAUCCUUCUAACCAGUUCCCAAAGUCCCAUCUGCCUCCAUGUACAAGCUGAUCGCAGAGCUGGACUGGGGCAGGCUGGGCUUCCAGGAAAUUCCUGAAGUUCUGAAACAGGUUCCCCUCUAGAAAAGCCCACCCAAUGUGUUUUUUAGUGACAGGAAGAAAGGAGGGAAGAGCUGAUGUGGUGUGGCCUGCCCAUAUCAUACAACCCCACCAGGAGCAGGGCAGUUCCCAAGGCGGGUGCCCGUAGAUCUGGGAGGCCAGGCUGGCAUGAUUCCUGUGAAGAACUGUGCCUGUGUCGUCAGGGAGAGGCCUGAGCCCUCUCAGAAGCAGGGACAGCCCACACCUGAAGAGCACGCCCAAGCUGAGGCAGCAGCCAGCAGGCUGGGGGAGCAGUGAGGGCAGGGGGAGUCACAGCCAGAGCUGGGAGCCCCUUGUUCAAGGAUUCCAUUCCUGGUUCAUCCACCUAAUUACCAUUGUCAUUACCACUCACAGGAGGCUCUGGGAGAUGGGAGGGGAAGCCAAAUGCUUCCUUUUAAGCUGGGCUUCUUAGAAAAUGGAACUUUUAUGGGUUACAUUUACAUUAAGUGUGGAAAAUGAAUUCUGAGUCUGAGCUAUUCCCCGUGGAAACCUUGUUGGACUGAUAAGCUCAUGGCACCUCUAUAGCCUUACUCACAGAGUCUUCAGAAUAUUACACAAGUUAAUGAAACUGAGAAGGUCUGACUGCAUGAGGAUCGGAGCAGCAUGUAGUCUGGGUUCUGCCUGGCAGAGGGAGGCAACCAAAACUUCUUGGGGAGAGGAGAUUUCGCCUUAACGUCAUCCCACUGGGAUUAGAGGAUGUGUUUCGCUAAGUGCUCUUCCUGUUUCCAAAAAAAAAAGUCACCCUGCUGCAGCAGUGCGCCUUGGCCUGCUUGUCCACUGGUUGCCCAUUGCCCCUGGAUCCAGAGCUGUACUGAGUCAGAUACAGUGCUCUGCAGGCCUGCCGUGGGAGGCAUGAGCUGGAGAUGGGGGCUCCCAUCUGGCAGGAUCAUUCUUGGAUGAGAUGGAAAACAGUUUGGCCUGAAGAACACAAGUUUUGUCCUCCAGAAGGGACUUAUGCCUCUCAAAAUGUACUCUUCAUACCAAGGGCCCUUGGGCAAAGUGCUCCUGCCCAGUUGAUCAGUCCCAUCCUGGCUGCCCGACAUCAGUGAAGACCUGCUGGGGAUGUCUGCUCAGAGGUCAGGAAUGGCAUGCGGUCCACGGGAACCAGCUCCCUACGCUUCCCGAACGCCCUGUCCCUCCUCCACAGCUCCCUCCCCAAAGGAAUAGGGUGGACUUUUAGGGAUCAAAAACAGAAUUAUUGGGUGUUUCGUUUCUUUUUUCUUUUUUUUCAUAGAGAUGGGGUCUCACUAUGUUGCCCAGGCUGUUCUCAAACUCCUGGCCUCAGGCGAUCCACCUUGGCCUCCUGAAGUGCUGGGGUUACAGGUGUGAGCCACUGAGGCUGGACUGAGUGUUUGUUUCUUUAAAGGAUCUUAUAUUUUUCCUGGGCUACAUACCACCACAGCAGCCCAGCUUCUGUGGGGAGAGAAGUUGAAGGAUCCCGAAGCUUUAGAAAAAGGAUCUCAGCUGUGGCACAGGCAGUGUUAUGCACCUCACUGCCACAUUGGUGCUGUUGUAUUGAAGGUGGUGCUUCUGGCCUUGGCCCUUUUGAGUUGGUUUCCAUUUGGGCUGCAGGUGACUCAGUGACUCCCUCCUCAAGCUGUCCUCCUGCUAAGACCAGCAGUCACAAACCUAUGGCAAGGGUGAGUGUGAAGGCAUAACCCCGUGCCUAUGUAAUAGGCUCCAAGCAUCAACUCCCAUCCUGAGAGGACCGGCCCUUUUGACACUCACCAACCAAAUCUGUUCAUUUGAUAGAGUGACCAGGCCUCCCUCACCUGCCCAGGUGUAUGAUCCUACAGUUCCUGCCUUCUCUCCUACCCCGCACAGCUGCCAACUGGUCCUACAUCCUCAGCCCCUCUGCCACCACCUUAAAUAGGACUUUACUGAUUCUCCAACUUUGUUUUUUUGUAGGAUGAGAUUUCCUUUUUAUCCCACCCCCCACACCCAAACAGACAUUGCUGGAGGGCAGACUGGAGGAAGGGGAAGGCAUGCAGGUAAAUUACUGCCUUGUCAGCCUCUGACCCUCAUCUCUCAGAAUUGUUGGCUGAGAAUUAACCCAAGGACCACACCAGUGCCUGAUUUCUACUUAGGGAGAGAGGAUUGGAAACGAUCCCUAAGGAACUGACUGAGGGUGAGAAUGGCCAGGAGGUGUGUGUCCAAAUAACCAGGAGGGGGCACAGAAGAUGAUGGCAAGGCAGACUGGGCAGUGUUUUGUAGACACAGAACAAAGAAUCAGAAUUUGAAAAAAGAAGAAAAACAAAUCUUCUCAGCUGCAACUUUAAAGUAUCACCUUUAUAGAUGGCAGGGAUUUCCAUUAUGCAAAUGGAAUCUAAGAUUUCAAGUGAAAUCUUAGAAUGCAGUUUUACCACUUGCAGUCUUGUAUUUGUGGUGGCCAUGUGGUGAGGGCGGUGAUGCUGAGCUUUCUGCCGAGGAGGAAUGAGCUUUCAAGCUCUCAGCAGGGUGUCAGGCUUGGGGAUUUGAGCAUCCACUGCUCAAAGUCCAGGCUAUUCUCCAGUCCUCACGGCAGCCACUAAGCCCAGGAGCCAGACCUGGCCCGGGGACACAUCUCCUGAGGGAUCCCAGAAAGAACCCAGUCUUUCCUUUCCCUUGGGGUCCUUGUUAGAAUGAAAACCUCUCUAUUUAAGGCACAUCAUUCCCAGCUAGGUUUAUACACUUGUCUAUAUUUUACUGGAGGAAAGGGAAUUAAAAAAGAACUCUGCAGUUCAAGGCCCUUUCAUUUAACCUUCCAAAAACAGCAAACUCAUUUUAAAGACUCAUUGCUGAGGUGAUAGAGAGAAACCUUAUCCUCUCCAACCUUUACAUUCACAAAAACCAUCCUUGUGUACUUGACUGCCCUAGACAGUGGUGACUCUUAGGUUUCAUUACGAAUGUGGAAGAUCAGAGUGUGGGAAGGCCCGGGCGAGGGCCAAUGUUGUGUUUCUUACCCCCUCUGAAAUGCCAAAGGCAAGGUACUAGGUGACCUCCUGGUCCCCAAGAAAAUGUGAUUUAUUCUGAGGGCGAACAGCCAAGGGAGGACUAGUCUGGAGCACGCUCGGCCGUCCUGGCAGGAGCUGAGCCUCAGGUGUCUGGCGGUGCCCCAGCAGCCCUGGAUUCACCCAAAACCAGAAUCCCACUUUUCUAAAUCCACCUGUUGUUCUGAGGACCUCUGAACCCGCAGCUUCGGCAAAAGGAGUCUGUACCAAGCUGCCUCUGGAUGACCAACACUGGAGACUCUGGCCUUACCAUGUGGAAAUCAUUUUCCUGAAGUCUGGAACUAAUUUUGAGAAGUUUUUUUCUCAACACUUUUGUGUUUCUAACACUGUAUCUUGACUGUGUAAAUACCAACAAGGCUGUAAAUAAAUGCAGAUGUAGAUACCUUCUAGAAAAAAAAAAAAGGCAUAAAAACAAAACCAGAAGUGAUCCCGUGUAGCCUUCGUUGACAAAUAAAGACUAUUUUGUGUUUA